UUCUCUCUAAUAAACAGAAAAUAUCUGCCAUUUUCUAACAAAACACUCGCAGAUUCACUCACCGACCAGACUCUCCACUCUAUACUCUUUUCUUCACUGUCAAUGAAACCCUAGUUUCUGUGGAAAUGAAGACUUCUUCUUCUUUUUCUUUCUUCACUAUAGUUCUUUGCUUUACUUCUUUUGUUGUUGCUGCUGAACUAACUGAGUUGGAUCGGAUUGAUUCAAACAAUGGGAAUACUACAGCUACUGCUUAUAACAAGACAUUGUCUGAUUUGAAAACAAGACAAGAUAGUUUUGCUGGUAUGAUUGAUCGAGCUUUGGAAAAGGAAUUCCCUGAUAAUGAGCAAUCUGGAGGAGAAACUGAUGCUGGUAGCUUCAACAAUACUGUUGCUGGAGACAAGGCAGUUUUGGAAACUGUAGCUAGAGUUAACCACAAGAAAAAUGAGACUAAGGAAAAGUCUUUCCAACUACAUGAUGUUUUCAACAAUGAGAACCGAGAGGAAGAUACCCCAACUUUAAUAGAUUCUAAGAGCAAUGUAUUCAUAAUAUCUAAUACCAAAUCAAAGUACCCAAUUCUACAGUUGGAUUUAAGGUUGAUAUCGGAUCUAGUAAUCGUCUUUGUAUCUGCAACUUGUGGGGGAAUCGCUUUUGCUUUUGCUGGACAACCGGUCAUUACUGGAUACUUGUUAGCAGGCUCUGUUAUUGGACCUGGAGGCUUGAGCUUUAUUAGCGAAAUGGUGCAAGUUGAAACGGUUGCUCAGUUUGGUGUGAUUUUUCUUCUUUUUGCGUUAGGGCUGGAGUUCUCGACGGCAAAGGUAUGUAUAUUUCCAUGUGCCUUGCUUUUUGUAGAUUUUGAAACUCUUGGAUUCAUGUUUACAAAGUGUCUUCCUUCAUAUGUGCAGCUUCGAGUUGUAAGAUCUGUAGCUGUUCUUGGAGGCCUGCUACAAAUUUUUCUAUUUACAAGCUUAUGUGGCCUUUCAGCCUCGUUAUGCGGUGGUAAUAUCUCAGAGGGAAUAUUUAUUGGCGUGUUCCUGUCAAUGUCCUCAACAGUUUUGGUUUUGAAGUUUUUGAUGGAGAAAAAUGGUAUCAAUGCUCUCUAUGGCCAAGUCACGGUUGGAAUUCUUAUCCUCCAGGAUUGUGCUGUAGGUCUGCUGUUUGCUCUGCUUCCAAUCUUGGGUGGCACUUCAGGGAUUCUUCAAGGAGUUAUGUCCAUGGCUAAGUCGUUGGUAACAUUGAUUACAUUCUUGGCCAUUCUGUCAAUAUUAUGUCGAACUUGUGUUCCCUGGUUUCUCAAGCUGAUGAUUAGCCUAUCAUCACAGACCAAUGAACUGUAUCAGUUAGCAGCAGUUGCCUUUUGCCUGGUUGUUGCUUGGUGCAGUGAUAAGUUGGGGCUCAGCCUUGAACUCGGUUCCUUCGCUGCGGGGGUGAUGAUAUCAACAACUGAUCUUUCAGAACAUACGCUUGAGCAAAUUGAACCAAUUCGCAACUUCUUUGCUGCUCUUUUUCUUGCCAGUGUUGGAAUGCUUAUCAAUUUUCACUUCCUUUGGAACCACGUUGAUAUUUUAUUAGCAGCUGUUAUUUUGGUCAUUGUUGUGAAAACAAUUGUUAUUACUGCUGUUGUCAAAGGAUUUGGAUACAACAACAAGACCUCACUUCUUGUUGGAUUGUCACUAGCCCAAAUCGGGGAGUUCGCUUUUAUACUUCUCAGUCGUGCGUCUAAUCUUCAUGUGGUAGAGGGUAAACUGUAUCUGCUGCUUCUUGGCACAACAGCUCUUAGCCUGGUGACUACUCCGCUGCUUUUUAAAUUGAUUCCAGCUGUUAUACAUCUCGGAGUGCUACUGCGCUGGUUCUCCCCUGAUAGCAGUCAAAUUGAGAUAGCAUAUAAAGGAGAUAGCCUUCGCUCAGACAGCUUAAAGCGUCUACCCUUGACGAAUCUAGGUUCUCACGACUCUUUUAAACAUAAAAAUGAACCAGAAAUGGAGUUGCCAUCUUUAGCUGAUGGGCUUCUAACUAUGGCGGACAGGUCUUUAAGAGUGCAAAAGCGGUAGAUUAGGAGAUUGCAAGACUUCUUCCUUCCACAUGCCUUGGGCUAGAACACGUACAAGCUUAACCAACACACUAGAGAAUCGGUUAGACGGGAUCUGAAAAUGGAGAAACUUCAAUGGGUUUUGAAGAUUGAUAAUUUUUGUUUCUGCUCCAAUUUUGUGUAUCGUAGGUCCCAAUUGUAAUCUAUUGUAAUGUAAUUUAAUUUAUUUGUUUCUCCUCAGUUCUUUAUAGUGAAAUUUGUAGAACAUGUGAACUUAUGCUUAGUUCACUUGAAGCAAGUGUGAUAGAAAAAGAUUUUACUGCAGUCAAUAUAUAGUUCAAUCAUUUCAUCCA